AUGUCCAAAUCCAUCGUUUCCAUCAUCUCGAAUACACCCAUUAACACCGAUGGAUUCUAUAUCCCCCCUCAUCACGUCAUCGACCGCGUCCUCGAAAGCAAUGGAGUCGAUAAAUCAUCGAUCGGGGUUGGGGGGACAUUGACAGAGGUACUGGUCAGAGAGGCCGUAAUAUUCAGACUCCCCCAGGAACUCCUGGAUACAAUAUGCGGCUUUGCAACUUAUCGAAAUAAUGUCUGGGAGGGCCGGGGGGAAUGGGACUACCGCGCUCGGCAGUACACUGCAUAUGCCCUCUGUGUCGUAUGUAAGCGGCUGAAGAAGAGUGCAUUCCAAUUGCUCUAUCAAUCUUUCAAGCUCGAAAAUUUCCACACAAUGUUCGACUUACCGGCGACCCCCAUGGGCACGGACCGUGAUCCGUUAAUGUUUCAUUCAAGCCUGCGAGCCAACCCAUCUCUCCGGCAACUUUGCACCGAUCUAUACAUUGUUUUCCGCACCAAAUCCUUGGAAAUGGACGAACCAGACCGCUUCGAGCCGAUGAAUGACCUUGCUCAAUGGCUUACCAACAUUACACGUCUCAAAGUGGAUUUCUGUACUCCUCUUGAAAGCGCGGAGACAAAUCUAACUCGAACUGCUUUGAAAUGCAUGAGAAAUCUUGAGGAACUUACGCUCGGCGGUCCUUUAUCGACCAAUGUCUUCGUCGAUAUACCCAAUCUGGCACGUCUUAAAACAUUGGCCCUGCGCAACAUCGGCCAUCUUCUAAAUUGGGAGGACAGUAGCAUGAAAAACCUCAAAACUCUCCAUCUUAGCGACAUUUCAAGCACGGAGGACGCCCUAACCAGCCUUAUCAGGUGUCCGAAGAGGCUUGAGCAUUUUACACUUUCCCAUGACUACGUAGUCCCACGCCCCCACUACAGGAUGCCUACAAUACAAUCAGCUCUUAGUUUACACCGAGAUUCAUUAAGGACGAUAAGCCUCCCGAUGAUAGCUCAAAUCGGUCUUGAGGAUAUGGACUUGUCUCAAUUCUCGAAGUUAGAGUCGAUACACAUCUCCGCAAGUGCUUUUGGGCACUGCACCCAGAAGGUUGCACAUUCUCUAUUCUUCGGGGCUCAACAAACACGCACGUUUAUUUUAGAGUUGUGGUGUAGAGGCCCCUGCUCCUUUCAUCACUUGUGGCCAGCACCAGAUGUAGACAAGAUAGAUUGGCUAGGAGAAUUCGCUGAUAUCGCAACACCUCAGAAUAAGCAUCGGGAGAUCAUAAUAACCUUCAAGCUAGAUACUGCUUUUCGGCGUACGGACGCAGUCCAAAUAAGCCAACUCGGUUAUCUAUGGGAGCGCCUGGGAGAGAUACGACAGAAGCUAGCACUCAAGGGAAUUGGGCUGUCAUAUACUCCACCCCCGAUGACCAAAGCAGGGUUCGAAACAAUUAUGUCGGGCCAUACUAGAAAUGAACGGUUCUAG